UCGCGAUACGUGGCCGAGGUGGGGGGCUUGUCGCAGUGUCUAGCGUGCUUGCCGCUGACAAGGGCGCGGAGCGAUGCCUGCCUGGCAGCUAAACGGGGAGAGAGGAGCUUCCCGGGAUCGUUUCCCCCUCCCUCCGCGACCAUGGCGGGCUGUUUAGCGCGCGAGCCCCUGCGCUGAGAAGUUGUCGCUGCCCUCCCCCGUCAUGAAGAAGGGUCGCCCCCGGGGAGAAAAAGCGGGGCCCUCGGGGCUCUCAGUUCCCCGGAACCUGGAGCAGCCCACCCGGGUCCCCUUAGAUGCUUCAAAGAGGAGAGCCUAUGCGGCGGCGGCAGGGGGCAGUGCGAGAGAAGCGGAAGAAGCGGGUCCAGGCAGCGCCGCCUGUAGGGACCCGCCAGAAAAGGAUGUCAUAACAGAAUCCAUUUCUUUGCGCUGCCGAAAAUUCAGCAAUCCUGACAUCUUUUCAUCUAGUGGAAAAAGUAAACUCCAGCGACAACUGAGCCAAGAUGACUGCAAGCUGCGAAGAGGUAGUUUAGCCAGCUCUUUAUCAGGAAAGCAGUUACUUCCAUUAUCCACAAGUAUGCAUAGUGGAGUGGCACACACAUUCGGACAGCCAUCUGGGGAAUCAUCAAAUCUGGUCCGCAUGAGAAAUCAAUCAUUAGGACAAUCUGCUCCAUCACUUACAGCUGGUUUGAAAGAGCUUAGUCUCCCUAGAAGAGGAAGCUUAAUCUCCUCUCCUUUCCUCUCCCACUGCCGAGGAAGCGAUGUCCAUCAACAUAUGUUCUCCCCUACAUCUGCUCCAGGUCUGCAACAUCUUAAAAUUCCACUUAGUGCUGAUUGUGCAACCUCUCCUCUAGUAUUUUACCUCAACCCACAACCUCAAAGCAACCCUGGUAGUCCCUGCCACAGCAGUCCACUUCAGUGGAGCUGUCGAACCAGUAAUAGAAAAAGCUUGAUUGUAACUUCUAGCACAUCUCCAACACUUCCACGGCCACAUUCUCCACUUCAUGGACAUGCAACAGGUGGAAGUCCAUUGGAUAGCCCCCGAAAUUUUUCUCCAAAUGCACCAUCUCACUUUUCCUUUGUUCCUGCCCGUAGGACAGAUGGGCGCCGUUGGUCCUUGGCCUCCCUCCCUUCUUCUGGAUAUGGAACCAACACUCCAAGUUCAACUGUUUCAUCAUCUUGCUCAUCUCAGGAGAAGCUACACCAGCUGCCCUAUCAACCAACAGCUGAUGAACUUCACUUUCUGACAAAGCACUUCAGCACAGAGAGUAUCACUGAUGAAGAAGGAAGGCAUUCUCCAGCAAUGCGGCCUCGAUCUCGUAGUCUGAGCCCUGGUCGUUCUCCAGUGUCUUUUGAUAGUGAAAUAGUGAUGAUGAACCAUGUAUACAAAGAAAGAUUUCCAAAGGCCACAGCCCAGAUGGAGGAACGGCUGGCUGAAUUGAUUGCAUCGAGUGCACCUGAAAAUGUGUUGCAAUUAGCAGAUGGGGUCCUAAGCUUUAUUCAUCAUCAAAUUAUUGAGUUGGCCAGAGACUGCCUGGAUAAAUCACGUGAAGGACUUAUUACUUCUCGGUACUUUUAUGAACUGCAGGAAAAUCUUGAAAAAUUACUUCAGGAUGCUCACGAACGGUCAGAAAGUUCUGAUGUGGCAUUUGUUACCCAACUGGUAAAAAAGUUGAUGAUCAUCAUUGCACGGCCAGCACGGUUGCUUGAAUGUCUGGAGUUUGAUCCUGAAGAGUUCUACCAUCUGCUAGAGGCUGCUGAAGGCCAUGCCAAAGAAGGGGGAGGAAUUAAAUGUGACAUCCCUCGUUAUAUUAUAUGCCAGCUGGGCCUUACCAGGGAUCCCUUGGAGGAAAUGGCCCAGUUGAAUAGUUGUGAUAGUCCAGAUACUCCAGAGACAGAUGAUUCUGCAGAAGGAAAGAAUCGGGGAGCAACUGUGCAAUCUAAGAAAACACCAUCAGAAGAAGAGUUUGAAACUAUUAAAUUAAUCAGUAAUGGAGCAUAUGGUGCAGUGUUCUUGGUGCGCCACCGGAGUACACGUCAACGUUUUGCAAUGAAGAAGAUUAAUAAGCAGAACCUUAUUUUGAGGAACCAAAUUCAGCAAGCUUUUGUGGAGAGGGAUAUCCUAACUUUUGCAGAAAAUCCUUUUGUUGUCAGCAUGUUUUGCUCCUUUGAAACCAAGCGGCAUCUUUGCAUGGUCAUGGAGUAUGUGGAAGGAGGGGAUUGUGCAACUCUUUUGAAGAAUAUUGGAGCAUUGCCUGUAGAUAUGGCAAGAAUGUAUUUUGCAGAAACUGUACUGGCAUUAGAAUACCUCCACAAUUAUGGAAUUGUCCACCGUGAUCUAAAACCUGACAAUCUUCUCAUUACCUCAAUGGGUCACGUCAAAUUGACUGAUUUUGGCCUCUCCAAAAUUGGCUUAAUGAGUUUGACAACUAAUCUGUAUGAAGGUCAUAUUGAGAAAGAUGCCAGAGAAUUCUUGGAUAAGCAAGUAUGUGGGACUCCAGAAUACAUUGCGCCUGAAGUAAUAUUGCGACAAGGUUAUGGAAAGCCUGUGGACUGGUGGGCCAUGGGAAUAAUCUUGUAUGAAUUUUUAGUUGGUUGUGUUCCUUUUUUUGGAGACACCACAGAAGAGCUAUUUGGGCAAGUUAUUAGUGAUGAAAUUGUCUGGCCAGAAGGAGAUGAAGCUUUACCACUAGAUGCCCAGGACUUAAUUGGUAAACUCCUACGACAAAACCCUUUGGAAAGACUGGGAACAGGUAGUGCUUUUGAAGUGAAACAACACAGGUUCUUCAAAGACUUAGACUGGAAUGGAUUACUACGGCAAAAAGCAGAAUUUAUCCCACAAUUAGAGUCAGAAGAUGAUACUAGUUAUUUUGACACUCGUACUGAGCGAUAUCAACACUUAGAUUCUGAGGAGGAGGAAGACACAAAUGAUGAUGAUCAUAUGAAAAUUAGACAGUUUUCCUCAUGUUCACCUAGAUUUAGCAAGGUAUAUAGCAGCAUGGAACGUCUUUCCAUCCACGAAGAGAGAAAAACGCCACCACCCACCAAACGGAGUUUCAGUGAAGAAAAGGAUGACAGACAUGAUAGCCUUGUGAGCUUGAAGAGUCAAGACCGCAGCUGGGUGAUUGGAUCCCCUGAAAUACUGCGUAAACAUAUCUCAGUGUCUGAAUCCUCUCAUACAGAGAGUGACUCCAGCCCACCUCUAACUGUCCGUCGGCAUUGUUCUGGGCUUCUCGAAAUGCCUCGUUUUGCUGUUUCAUCUGAGGAAGAAGGAAAAAAGAAACAGUUGGACGAGACAUCUUUGCCUUUGACACAACCUCGGGAAUGUCUUCCUUAUCUAAUUUCAGAACAGUCUGUAAAAAGAGAACUCCAACUGGGUGAUAACGAUGAACUAAAAACUCCUUCUUCAACUGUUAGUAGUAUGAGCAGCUCAACGUUUACAGGUGGGAACACUACAGAUGUCUCCAAUCAUUAUAUGCGCAACAAUAGCAGUGAAAGUCCAGACUUUAUGACUCCCAAGGCUACCAGUGAUCUAGCUGUGCGGCGAGCUCGACACCGGCUACUUUCAGGUGAUUCCGGGGAAAAGCGGACCUCCCCACGGCCUGUCAAUAAAGUGAUCAAGUCAGCAUCAGCUACUGCCCUCUCCCUCUUGAUCCCCUCAGAACACCAUACUUGUUCGCCAUUGGCUAGUCCAAUGUCACCUCAUUCUCUGUCCUCCAACCCAUCUUCAAGAGACUCAUCUCCAAGCCGAGACUAUUCUCCUGCUGUUACGAAUCCCAAACCACCAAUCAUCAUCCAUCGAGCUGGGAAGAAUUAUGGUUUUUCACUUCGUGCAAUUAGAGUCUACAUGGGGAACAGUAAUAUCUAUUCAGUGCAUCACAUAGUCUGGCAUGUAGAAGAAGGUGGCCCAGCAAGUGAGGCUGGUCUAAGAGAAGGAGACUUGAUAACUCAUGUGAAUGGAGAGCCUGUACAUGGAUUGGUUCAUACAGAAGUGGUAGAGUUGGUUCUGAAGAGUGGAAAUAAAGUGUCCAUAUCCACGACACCUUUUGAGAACACAUCAAUCAAAUUGGGACCAGCUCGGAAGGCCAGUUAUAAAUCAAAAAUGGCUAGAAGGAACAAGAAAAACAAAACAAAAGACGGACAGGAAAGUAAGAAGAAGAGCUCAUUAUUCAGGAAGAUUACCAAGCAGGCCUCCCUGCUUCACACAAGUAGAAGUUUAUCUUCCCUCAACCGUUCUCUGUCAUCUGGGGAAAGUGUUCCUGGUUCACCUACGCACAAUCUUUCUCCUCGUUCUCCAACACAAGGUUACCGAUCUACUCCUGAGCCUGCACAUUUAGUUGGUGGAAAUUCUUCUCAGAGCAGUUCGCCUGGUUCCAGUGUUCCCAAUUCUCCGGCUAGUUCAGGGCAUAUCAGGCCCAGUUCAUUACAUGGUCUAGCCCCAAAACUUCAACGACAGUAUCGAUCUCCAAGACGUAAAUCAGCUGGAAACAUUCCUCUUUCGCCACUAGCUCAUACACCUUCACCCACUCCACAAUCCACAUCCCCUCAGCGUUCCCCUUCCCCUUUGCCAGGGCAUUCAAUUGGCAGUUCAAGCAUCAUGCAUUCUUUUCCAGUAAAGUUACAUUCCUCCCCUCCUUUGGCCCGGCAGAUUUCUCGGCCGAAGAGUGCUGAACCACCAAGAUCACCACUGUUGAAAAGAGUCCAGUCAGCUGAGAAACUGACCUCUUCCCUAUCUUCCUCAGAAAAAAAGCUCCCCACUUCACGUAAGCAUAGCUUGGAUAUUUCCCAUUCUGAAUUCAAAAAGGACAUGCUUCAGAGAGAUCUGGGUCUCCAAAGUUGGCAAGAGUCAAUGAAUGAAACAUCUGGAGUUAAAGUUGGGCCAGCAGAAAAAGGGACACUCCAAAAACCUUCUUCCCGAAAACUUGGAGCCAUUCGACAAGAUAGGGUAGAAAGAAGAGAAUCUCUACAGAAGCAGGAGGCCAUUACAGAAGUAGAUUCUUCUGAAGAUGAAACUGAUGAAGGGUCAGAAGAUAGUCAAGAUGGGAAAAGAUUGGAUAGGCCAUCCUUCAUUAGAGAACACCAAUUUUGUAAUCUUUUCACUGAGGAUGUAAAGCCUUGUUCCAGAUUAGAAAGCAAAGAUAGCAUGGAAGAUGAUGCUUUUCUUCCAGAAGAACCAAAAAUGGGCAAUGUGCAGAGAGAGGUAAAUCAACCACAACAAAAAAAUGUGGAAAGCGCAUUGGUGACUGGCAUAAAUGAGUCCCAGUCUGAAAUUUGUGCAAAAGCUUCCUCUACAGGAAAACCUGAGGACUUUGAACCAAUACAGUUAAUAUCAAAAUGCAAGACAGCAACAGAAUCAAUACAAGGUAAGAAUGUUGUUGUUCAACAAUGCACCUGUUUUAAAGAUUCUGAAGAUCCUAAGGAAAUACAGAUUGUCCAAAAAAGUACAGAUGGUCCAGAGCAGACGAAGUGCCUCCCAGUAAGAUUCCGACAGUUUGGUCAAGGUGACUGUUCAGAAAUAGCAGGUGGCAAAAAUAAUACAAAGGAAUCCGCUUCUGAAGAAGCCACCUAUCUGUUAUUUCAUGACAAAAUGCCUUUGUUAGCACUUGCUUCUUCUUCUUGUACAACUAACACGAGCUCUCUUCCAUUAGUGAGCCAAAUAGACUGCGAAGACGCAUCUCAGAAUUGGGAGUAUCAACCUAUGAAGGAUUGUAGUAUUGAGAAUCUGACAAACUUUGGCAAAACUUUUGAACAAAUGUCUCCUAAAGUUGAAGAACAAGUUUUGUCUUCUGUAGUGGGAAUUCCAAAACACAAAAGUCACCCAAGUGAUAAAAACCUAAGUUGUCCUACAGGCAGUACAACAUUUAUGCUUGAUUCCUCAAUUGAAAGUGGAAAAACAGUUUGUCCCGCUCAUUUGACAAGUGCAAGGAGUACUUUAAAUGCAGUGGGAUUGAACAUCUCUAGCUCAAGAAAAGUAGAAAAAGAUAGAAAAGAUAAAAGCCUGUUCAAACAAGGCUCAAAGGAGACACUACUGGAAGAUCUGAAUCCAGAAUCAACCAAAACAUUCAAUAUAGGCGGCCUCAUUAAAAUUUGUGAUUCUCACAUUACAUCAGAAAGUCCACUUUCUUGGGAGUCAGAAUGUCAGAUAAUACCAAAACAGUUGCAGCCUGGUAUAUCUGACGCUUCUGAAAUUUUGGAAGAGAGAUGGCAACUACCUCUACUUGAAGUUCAAGCAGAUGGAAAUUGGAACAUGAGGAUUUCUUCUGGACCAGAUGAUAGUUUGAGUUCAAAAAAGGAGACUACUCUAGUGCCAGGAAAAAUCAGUGAGGCUGGAGGUCAGUCCCAAACAAAAGACUUUCUGCGGUCAAAAGCUGAUGCUGUGAAAAAGAAUAUAGCAGCAUCUCCAUUCAGAAACAAAGACAACAUUAGUUGAACUCAAAUAUAAAUCAAGAAACCUAUUCAUCUAUUUUUUGUAGAUUUGUGUUUCAUCUUCUCACCUUUUUCCAUUGCAAUUCUAUUUUUGUACACAGCGUUUGUCAUUUAAUCCCUCUUUACAGGGUAUCUUUAAAGCAAAAUCACCCUUCCUUUUCCUUUUAAUUCUGAGCAACCUGUGCAUUAUCUUUUAGGUGUUCUCCCCCUACCUCCAAAUGUCUGUUUUAUUUACCAUAUAAGGCUGCUUGUUCAACAAUGAUACAUUUUGACACUAGCUCCAAGUGUUUAUCCUUAUAUCUAGUUUUUAAUGUCAUUACCUUGAUAGGGAUGAAUAAAUACAAUUUAUGGAUUCUUUUACAAUUCUUAAUGCCACUGCACACCUUUUUUCUUACAUAGUUGUUAUCUCCCACAACUAUCUGUGGAGGAAGCUUGUUAGCUAAUGCAGUGGAGUAGUAUCUUUUUUAAAGGGGCUCACUUGAGCAAUCUGUCAAAAUAAAUUUUGGGUUUUUGUUCUUAUUCGUUUUUUUCCGUUGCCUUAAAAAUAGUAUGACACUCCAUCAUUGGGGAAUUUUUAAUGUUAGUUGCCUUACCAAUAUUACCUUGCUCAGAGCAAGCAAAUAUUUAAAAAGAGGCACAAGGUACUUCCAUUACCAUAGCUCUAAGUGUAUUAGCAGCUCCCCUAGUUUUUAGCAGCUCCCUAGCACAGACAUGGAGACGGUGAAUAUCUGAGACCAUCCCACCUUAAUCUGUGGCUUAUGGUUGGUAGCAGAAGAAGUUAACACCUGGCAGGAAAGUUCUGCUUGGAUUGGAACAACUGGUAACAAGAUACUGUAUUUAUUGGUCAGGGAAGGGCAGAGAUGAACCACUUAAAAGCAAAGUAGCCCUUAUAGCUUCAAUGAAUAACUAUUCAGGAAAAAUCUCCAGUAUCAUGCAAAUGAACUAUAUUUUAAUUGCUUCAUUUACUUACAUUUCCAAAAUGCCUAUGCUUUCUUAGAAUCCUUUUGAUACUUUUUGAGAGUGCAACAUUGUUUGGUGCUUUUUAAAAAAAAUAAAAAAUAAAGACAGCUAAAACUAGAACACUGCACUGAUACUAUAUACUCAGUAAAGCAAUAGAACAUUUCAAGAUUAUUACUUAUUAUCAUUUAAAAGCAAAAGUAGGUAUUUCAACCUCCCCCUGCAAAAUACCUGUGAAUUUAACUCUUUAACUCUUUAACUCCCUUGUAACAGAAUAUAUCUAUAUGUGUGAACAGACAAAAUAAUUACUUCAUAAAAGUCUGAAAGCCUACAUAUGCUGAAGUGAUCACAUGGUGUAUGAAAUAAUUCUCAAGGGUAAACCUUGUAGUGAAUUAUAGCUUCAUUAUUCUGCCAUGUUGCAGAUAUCAACUCUUCCUGCACCAUUUCUGUUUUCAAAAUUAGUAUUUACUUUUUAACUGGGAACAUUUUAUUCUUUAAACUCUUACUAACUUCAUCAUCACAUUUCAGGUAUCUUGUAUCCUCCCCACCUUCCUGCAAUAUUUAGUACCUAAUUUUUUAUCCUUGAUUUCAGUUUUGGACCAACUUAUUUUUGAGCUGGUAUUGUUUUAACAUUAACCACUCUUAAGUGCAUGAUGUGUGCUUGAAUGUGUGUAAAAGAAGAAACUCCCUGUGUAUGCGGCAGUGCUAUAAAAACCCUUUCACUUUUUCAUAUAUUAACUUGAAGCUUCUGAAUUUCUCCAAUAAUAUUACUCAUAAUAAUCUCAUGAGAUAUAAUUGUCUACUCAUCCUGCCACUUAUGCACAUAACUAACGUUAUGCACUGUCCUUCAGGCCUGUUUUUUUUUAAAAAAAAUAUCCUUUGUGUUUUACAAUUCUGUCACUUUGCUGUACUGCUCUCCAAUAGACAAGUAUAUUUAGGAAAAAGGGAUUGUUGCUAACAUGAGCUGAUGACUUAGCCACUUAGAACUUGAAUAAUGUAAACAAACAAGAUUAUAAUUUACACUACAUUAAUUUGAGGCCUGGGUCAUAUAAUGUACGUUGUAGUAUUAGUAUAUACAAAAACAGCCAAAGGAUUUGCAUCUCUGUUUAGCCUACAUAGGCUAGUACAUGUAUUAUCAUUUAGGUAUUACCUUUUUGAUAUGCCUUUUUUACUAUAACCAUUAUAACCUCUUAAAGGCUGCAGAAGUCUUUUCUUUCACCACUACUUUUCCAGCUAUGGCUCUAUAUUAAUAACAGAGAUAAAAAGAAAGGAAGUUCCAUUUAGGCUCCAUAGCAGAAAGGAAGAGAGAGAGGGGUGGGUGGGCAAUUGUGACAAUCACGAUGCCACAGAGGAUAAAAUUCAACAUCUUAAAAGCACUUGGAAGAAUCAAGCCUGCAGCGCCUGUGGCAUAUAACGGAGGAAUAGAAAAUAUUGAGGGAAAGACAUUCUCUCUAUUUGUGAUCCAGUUAAAUCAUUUGGUGAUGACUUGGUUGGCCAAAUUUCCAUGUUUUAUUAAUAUGAUUUUAAUAAUUCUAUUUUAGGCAUAGCAUAUAUGAACUAACCAUCUCAAUACACUGUUUGACCGGUUCCUCUUUGUUUCGAUAUCUAAAGAUCACUUUUUUUUUCCUCAGCCAACCUUAAAAGUUUUCAUAUGCAGCUGAUGUAUUUGAUAAUACUUCACAGAAUCCAAGAUUACCAGAUUGAUAUUUAGUGUAAAUAUUAGACUUUUAGCCUUGCUAAAAACCACUUCUGGAGAAGGAUGCCUAAGGUUUUGUGGUAACGGUUAUGCUACAAGAAUGCUCACCAUACAACAGGGUACGAGGAAUGACUUGUGAGUUUUUUUCCUCAUUAUCACUGAAUUAAGAUGUGAUUUGGAAUUUUUUGUUUGUUAUUUCCUGUGGGGGGAAGAUACAGUCUUUCUCCAGUUCUGUCUUACUGACAUGAAGGAUAAUGCUGUACUUCUAGUAGAUGAUUUUACAGCUCUGUGUGUUUACACUGUGUGUUGAUUUUGGUUGUUUUGGAGGAUGUGAACUCAGUUCCAUGCUGAGUUGUGUUUUCAAGCUUGAAAUCUGAGAAGCAGAGGGUGAUGUGGAAUAGAACUGUUUUAGAAACUUGAAUAAUUGCCACAUAAUAUAGGUGCAAUAAUUUUUAUCCAUGUUGUACCUGCAUGUUGAUGUUCAAAUAUUCUGAAAUACACUUCAUUUUUUA